CUGGUCUGGUCGAAGGCCUAUCCGGGCAACAUCAUCAACAAUGAGUUUGUCCCAACCUCAAAGACUCUCCAUUCUGUUAAUCCCUCCACCGGCGAGGCGCUAUGGGAUGUUCCCUGUGCCACCAGAAGUGAUGUGGACCAGGCUGUCGAACAUUCUCGAACGGCGUUCAAAAGCUGGUCUCGACUUCCAUUCGACAGCCGGGCACAGAUGCUUCUCGCCUACGCAGAUGCGAUCGAGGCUCAACGCGAGCCCCUUGAGAAGUUGCUCGUGAUGGAACAGGGUAAGCCUCUCGGACUAGCCCAGACAGAGUUUUCAAUGGCUUUGAAAUGGCUGCGAACGUUCGCAACGAUGGAGGUCAAAGAUGAGGUCAUUGAAGAUGACGAAGACCGGUCUAUCACCCAGACCUUCCCGCCUCUGGGCGUUUGCUGCGGGAUUGUUCCAUGGAAUUGGCCUGUUCUACUUGGACUAGGCAAAGUCGGCCCUGCACUCAUUACCGGCAACACCAUGAUAAUCAAGCCGUCGCCUUUUACGCCAUACUGCGACUUGAAGCUCGGCGAGAUCGGAAUGCAAAUCUUCCCCCCCGGAGUUCUCCAGGUGCUCAGUGGCGACGACAGCCUUGGACCAAUGCUCACAGAACACCCAGGCAUUGAUAAGAUCACCUUCACAGGAUCGAGCGAGACGGGGAAGCGGGUCAUGCAGAGCUGUUCAAAGACCCUCAAGAGUGUUACGCUCGAGCUUGGAGGUAACGACCCGGCUAUUAUCUGCGAAGACGUCGACAUCGAUGCGAUAGUGCCCAAAAUUACGACACUUGCAUUCCUGAAUUCGGGCCAAAUAUGCAUGCUGAUCAAGCGUCUUUACGUUCAUGAGAACAUAUACGAUAAAUUCCGUGAUGCCAUGGUUGCAUUUGCAAAGACUAUUAAAGUCGGCGACGGGUUUGAGCCAGAGGUUCUUGUCGGUCCUCUCCAAAAUUCGAUGCAGUAUGAAAAGCUCAAAGACCUGUACGCAUCCAUUGACACUUGUAAAUGGAAGCAGGCACUGGAGGGUCGUAUCGUGACAGAAUCGAAAGGGUACUUUGUUACCCCCGCCAUCAUUGACAAUCCGCCUGACGACUCACGAAUUGUGGUCGAGGAGCCUUUCGGCCCCAUCCUCCCAAUUCUUAAGUGGUCCGAUGAACAGGAAGUGCUUGAGCGCGCGAAUGAUAGUCACAGCGGACUCGGCGCCUCUGUUUGGAGUAAGGAUCUUGAUCGGGCAGAGAGAAUGGCUAGGUGUCUAUCAGCUGGUAGUGUGUGGAUUAACUCACACUUUGAUGUUGCUCCGAACGUUCCUUUCGGAGGUCAUAAAUGGAGCGGAGUUGGAAGUGAGUGGGGAAUGACAGGAUUGAAGGCCUAUUGCAAUUCCAGAUCAUUGUGGAAGUGGAAGAAGUGA